CUCUGGUUUAUCGUGACAGGACUGCAGGACCACUGCUGCAAUCUGCUGGAUGUAACAACCACCCUCUUGUCGGAUCACAUGGGCGGCACAGAGGCAUACCGGAGGGAGAGGUUGGGUGAUGAAGUGGAGCGCGCGGCGACAAAUCGGGGCCGCGGUUCGCUGUCACUCGAACGCGUUCGGCACAGUUAUGCAACGUUUUGCGUGCCACACCAACUCACCAAAGGGUUCACGCAUUUGAAGCACCUGACACCUUCAAUCUCCAUAUAGUCCUUGAGCGUUAUAUAAGGAGCAGGUGAUCCAGUUCCAAUCACUGACCUGGAGUGGGAAGAGAGUGAGAGUCUUCCUCAGUGGGGAUUAUGAAUUCCUUUGCCGGAUGUAUGGUCUCUCUGGGGCUUCAGGUCGUCACUGCUGUCUCUGGUGUGAAAUAUCCAGUGACCAGCUAAGGACACCACUCCACCCCAGCUACGGACCUUGGACACCUUGAAGAGGGAUCACCAGCAGUUCCUACUGAGUGGUGGGAACAUAAAACAUGCCAAGAAAUUCAACAAUGUCAUACAGCCACACAUGUGGGAUACAAAUAGACCAGGUAUUAUAAUUAUGUACCACUUGACGAUGGAUCUAUUUUCAGAUAUGUUUACCUGCACUACACAUAAGCCUGGGAAUAUUCUAUCGCCUGUACACACUACUGGAACAGGCAGCUCACAGUUAGAUUUGCAAUGGCACAGGAGAGGAGCGGUGGAGAGCUGGGGCGGUGAAACGUUGGCGAGUAUAGGCAAAAAAUUGAGGAAAACUCCACCAACUCACCGAGGAGAGAGAUGCCACGUGCAGGCCAUAACAGCGCUAGAGGAGUUGGUACCAAGAAUGGCUUUAACAGCCACUUCCGAAGAUUCUGCGCGUGCACAGAUCAACUAUGUUGAACAGGGCAUUACUGAGUGCAGGAAGAAGGCACACGAACUGGACAGAGAGAUUGAUAAGGUCAAGAGUGACAUAGAGGAAGGCUUCAGGAUGGAGGAAGGUCCUUUCAUCAUAGGCCUCGACAGAGCUCUCAAAGGCUUCAAUGUCCAACAUGAAGCCUACUAUGGUGGGACAUUUGUAGGCAACCAUGUUCAUAGGUGUCUCAAGGCUGAAAACAUCAACACACUGUGUCAAUCUGUGGUGACAGUGGCAGAGGAGUGCCCACCCCUUUUGGAGUCGGCCACAGCUGUCUGUCGACAAUUCGUUGACACUUUUACUUUGUUUGCAGCAUGCCACAACAAGUACAGCAACAAGUACCUCUCAGAAGCAACGAUAUCAACUCUUGAAACAGACAUAAAGACCUUCCUUCAGCACUACAGACAGACAUACCCACAUGCAACUGUGACCCCCAAGCUUCAUCUCCUUGAGGACCACAUGGCACCCCUGGAUCAGGAAGUGGGGUGGAGUUGGAUUCGGGGUAAUGGGCGAGCAAGGGGCAGAGAGCAUCCAUUCCGAAUUCAAUAGGAUAGAGCAAAGGCACCGAACCCAGCGCCACGACCGCGUGGAGAGGCUACGACGGGUAGUUACAGAGCACCUUCUGAAAAGCCUACCCAGUCAUGUCGCCGCACAACCCCCUACAAAGCGCAGGAAGAUCGCCGAAGAGUGACAGCUACACAUACACAUUAGCUACGUUAUCAAACUUACAUGAAGAAUUGCGUAUCAUAAAAACCAAGAUCUUUUUUGCUCUGCCACGCAUA